CCCUUAAUAAUGAUUAAGCUAAUCACUAAUUAUAGAUCAUAUCAAAAUGGAGGACCACCAGACAACGACGUCAUCGUCGGAAGCGGCGGUGAUCCAACACAGGGCGUACGCCAGGGUGGGGCUGCUCGGUAACCCGAGCGACGUGUACUACGGCCGCACGAUCUCCUUCAGCGUCGGAAACUUCUGGGCCACCGUAAGGUUGCAACCGUCCGAUGAUCUCGUCAUCCAGCCCCACCCCACCCACGACCUCGUCGUCUUCCGAUCCCUCGAUCACCUGGUGAAUCGGUUGGAUAGUGAGGGAUAUUAUGGUGGUGUUCGAUUGCUGAUGGCGAUUUGCAAAGUGUUCUUCGAUUAUUGCAAGGAAAAUGCGAUCGAAUUGGAAGCUCGAAAUUUCACUCUCUCGUAUGAUACUAAUAUCCCUCGCCAGACAGGACUUUCGGGGUCUAGUGCGAUUGUGUGUGCAGCCCUGAGCUGCCUUCUUGACUUCCACAAGGUUAGGCACUUGAUUAAAGUGGAGGUCCGCCCCGGCCUCGUCCUCAAUGCCGAGAAGCAACUAGGCAUUGUUGCCGGUCUUCAAGAUCGCGUGGCGCAAGUUUAUGGCGGCCUUGUUGACAUGGAAUUUGCCAAGGAACACAUGGAUACUCUGGGGCAUGGAAUUUACACACCCAUGGAUGUUAGUCUUCUCCCGCCUCUUCACCUCAUCUAUGCCGAGAAUCCAAGUGAUUCUGGGAAGGUGCAUAGUACCGUUCGUCAAAGGUGGCUCAGCGGUGAUGAGUUUAUAAUAUCAUCAAUGACAGAAGUUGCAAAUAUUGCACUAGAAGGAAGGACGGCCUUACUUGAAAGGGACUACACUAAAUUAGCUUCUCUGAUGAACAGAAAUUUUGACCUUAGAAGAAGCAUGUUUGGAGACGAUGCUCUGGGUGCUUUAAACAUAGAAAUGGUGGAGGUAGCCCGAAGGGUGGGUGCAGCGUCCAAAUUCACAGGUAGCGGAGGGGCAGUCGUUGUGUUUUGUCCUGAUGGUCCUACACAAGUGAAGCUCUUGGAGGACGAGUGUCAAAAGGCUGGCUUUAAACUCGAACAGAUAGAAGUCAUUCCCUCUCUUCUAAACAAGGUUGAUCUACAAACCUUAUCAAAAUAGGCAAUUAGUUGGUGUCUUGAUUUAGUUCUCUUUAGGAACACAAUUUUUACGCCUUUUGUUUGAAACGAAUUAUAAACUGCUAUUUGUUUGUUCGAGUGUUUGAUAUCAAUGCAAGUCUUUCCAGAGACCGAAUGGACUUAAAGAUCA